AUAUAUAUAUAUAUAAAAUCAUCAACUGACUGCCUUUGUUUUGUUUUUGUUUCGUACCGAGGAGCCUUGUCACGGUGAAGCACGUUUGACAGAAGACUGUAUUUUGGGGAAAAAAAAAAAAAAAAAAAAGGAAGCAACUUUUAAACAGAUACAAAACAGAGAGGCCUCUUCCUUAGGCCUGAAUCAGGGUUGAAAAGGGGGCAAGUGGGGAAAGAAGUAAAUUAGCCCAAUGACAAUAACCCCAAAUAAAAUGGGACAAACUAAGACUCGCAAGGAGAAACGAAGAAGAUAUAUUUUAUUAAUAACCGCCGUUUGCGCAUGUUUGAAGUCUUGCAGAACAAAAAGAAGUACUUUGUGCCUUUAACAGAAAACUGGCUAUUUAAAAAAGGACUGCCUGUUUCUCAAGGCGUAAUCUGAUUUUUUUUUGUGUGCCAUUGUCUCGUUAUUUCUGUUUUUUAUCUGGAAGAUAUUAUUAUUAUUAUUAUUAUUAUUAUUAUUAUUAUUAUUUUAUUAUUAUUAUUAUUUUUAAAGGCUCAUUUUUCCAAUUGGAUUUUGAUUUGGAUUAAGCUUUCAAUUUAAUUCGAUGGAAGUAUGUUAUCAGCUACCGGUUUUGCCUCUGGACAGGCCGGUUCCCAAACAUGUUCUCAGCCGGAGGGGAGCCAUCAGCUUCAGUUCGAGCUCAUCUCUAUUUGGUUGUCCAGACCCCAGACAGCUGUCGCAGAGACGUGGGGCAAUCUCCUAUGACAGUUCAGAUCAAACUGCUUUGUAUAUUCGUAUGUUAGGGAAUCUUGUGGGUGGUUUGGAGGGCGGGCUGGUCACAACCCUGGUGCCUCCCCCCAGAGACCGAGAACCUACGACAUGGGACCCAGGCGAUAUGGAUGGGGCACCGGGAACGCUGGCUGGCAACCAGGCAGGUGCAGCAGCCGGCAGAGGUGCAAGCCCCGGCGACAUCGGAGUGACAUCUGGGCCACCAGGGGGAGCGAAGCAGGGGACCAGACGACUGACUGUGCCUGGUGAUGCAGCGACCCGAGAGCUAGGCCCAGCGACCAAAGGUCCGGACACCAAUGUCGGGUGUCUGGGAGCCUGGACCGAAGGCUCAGACCCAUCAGCACCAGGUGAUGUAAGAGUAAGGAGUCGGGUAGGAUUUGAAACCGAAAGAGGAGGCGCUCAUCCAUACCUAUACGUUGAUUUCCGCAUUUUGCACUCACGUCCUGAAUCUGUGGGGCCUGUGUCAGCGAGGAAGAUUCGGAGACUGUUAAGUUUCCAGAGAUCCCUGCACUCCUCUCGCUGCUUCCGUGGUGUUCCUCCCCAGAACCCUUUAUACAUCUUGGAUGAUGACUAUACUGGUCAAGCAAAGUGUAUGCUGGAAAAAGUUGGAAGUUGGAAUUUUGAUAUAUUUCUUUUUGACAGAUUAACAAAUGGAAACAGCUUGGUCAGCUUGACGUUUCAUUUGUUUAAACUUUAUGGACUUACUGAAAUCUUCCAUUUAGACAUGGUAAAACUUCGUAGUUUUUUAGUUAUGGUUCAAGAAGACUACCGCAGUCGAAACCCUUACCACAAUGCAGUCCAUGCUGCGGACGUGACUCAGGCCAUGCACUGUUACUUAAAAGAGCCCAAGCUUGCCAAAUCUCUCACCUCAUGGGAUAUCCUGCUAGGUCUGUUGGCAGCUACAACACACGACUUGGAUCAUCCAGGUGUUAAUCAGCCUUUCCUCAUAAAAACAAACCAUUACUUAGCAACUUUGUACAAGAAUACCUCAGUUUUAGAAAAUCACCACUGGAGGUCAGCUGUGGGCCUGCUUCGAGAGUCAGGGUUAUUUGCACACCUUCCCUUGGAAGACAGGCUGAGAAUCGAGAGAGAGUUGGGUUCCCUCAUUUUAGCCACUGACAUCAGCAGACAGAAUGAAUACUUGUUGCAGUUCAGAACACAUUUGGAUCGGGAAGACCUAUGUUUAGACGAUGCUGGUCAUCGACAUUUUAUUCUUCAGAUGGCACUCAAGUGUGCUGAUAUUUGUAACCCAUGCAGGACCUGGGAACUGAGUAAGCACUGGAGUGAGAAAGUGACCGAGGAAUUCUUCCAUCAAGGUGACAUUGAAAAGAAACAUAAACUAGAUGUAAGCCCACUAUGUGACAGCCAAACACAAACUAUUGAAAAUAUUCAAAUGGGUUUCAUGACCUAUGUGGUGGAGCCCCUGUUUGUGGAGUGGGCUCGGUUCUCAGACACCAGGCUCUCUCGGACGAUGCUCGGCUACCUUGCACUGAACAAAGCUGGCUGGAAGGGAAUGGUACAGGAGCAUGCAAGCAGCGGGGAUGACACUGAUCCUACCUUAGAGGAGGCUGACUCAGAUAUAUUACCUCAGGAAAGCCAUGAAUUAUGACCCCUUCUCCCAGAUCCCACAUACAGUACAGUAGGCUUGACCUGGUGUAAGUGAAAAGGGUAUUAAAAAAAAAAAAAAAAAAAACCUGUGGGAAAAGGUGAACUGAACCUGACCUGACUUAACUCCAACUGCCAUGACUGCCUAGAAAUCCAUGCCAGGAAGGAAUGAAUGUUACAUGCUUUUCCUGAUUUAACCCCCGCUCCCCACACCAUCUCCUAAAACAACUGUUUUUGUUUUUAUUUUGUAGCUUCACCACCUUCCUUAACAAAGUAAUGCAUAGAUACCUCAAUUGGCUUGUCGUGUUUUUUUUUUUGUUUUUUUUUGCCUAAUUAUAUUAAACACAUAGUUCUUGAAAGGGAACAGUAAAGGAAGCUUACUUUUGUUCUGGUAAAGUGCCAAUUGACACCUUUUUAAUGUUUGUUAUUGCCGUUAUGUUUUUUUAAAUGAUUAUUUCUUAAAAUAAAAAAAAUUUAAAAUCCUGAGGAUUGGGGUUUCUUUAAAACUGUACAGAGAACCCAAAUGUAGUAAUGCAUUUUAAGCUUAUCUUCCUUAUUAUAAAAUCUAGAUAAAAUGUGAAAAGCCCACUGUUUUUGCUGCCUCCACGAAGACUGUUUACAAAUGUGUAUGUAUUAUUAUUAUUUAUUAUUAUUAUUAUUAUUAUUAUUUUUUAUUAUUAUUAAAGUUGGAUCUGUAACUUGCCUUGAAUCACAGGUGUGGAGAACCACUUAAAUAGGGAUGUUGUCCUAUUGCUAAAAGAACAAAAAUUCAGACUGCAUCUCUAAAACACACCAAAUGCCACAAAAGCCUGCAGUUCUCAAUGUUUUUGCACUGUGACUUGAUCCUACCAUAUUAGAUAUAGUAAGCACCCCGUGAGAAAAACUAAAUUGAUAUAAAAUUAGCUCAGGGUAUUUGCCAAUUUAUCUGGAGGAAACUAAGGAAGGCAGGUGGCCUUAAAACUGGUCCCCUUUCAACUCAAGAAAGUUUUAUUGAAACCAUUACCUGAAAAUCUGAUAAUUUCAAAGAACAUACACAUUGAAAAUGCAAACUGUAAGACAUUGUUGCAGAUGCCUUAAAACUAUGCAUAAAGCAAAGUGACCAAACCAAUUUUUCUUUUCGUAAAAAGGUGCAUGUUUUUUCGUCUUCACUUUUAUUGCAUUGUCAAACUGUUGGCCUUGUGGUGUUUUUUUUUUUUUUGGUUAGAAAUUGAAUACCAAUGUAUUUUAAACUUCAAGCAUUCCAUUUUUUUUGUUUUUAAGUUGUUUGGAUUCUGUACAGUAAGCACAAUUGUAUUGGUUUUCUUAUUUUACUUCAUUUGAUUUUUCCUUGUUAUUGCUGUAAAAGACUGUUUGAUAAUCCUGUUUACAAUUUGUUAUGACAUUCUGGGGAGAACUUCAGUGUGAGGCCAUUUGGAAAGGCUUUGCUGUACCUUUUUAUACACGUCUGUUGCAGUUACAUUUUGAUGAAUAAACAAGUUGGCAUAUG